UUGAUGUGUACUAAAAUUGAAUUCUUGAAAGUGUUGUCAGUUCGAAGCCAGCUGUCGUCUGUAAUGUAAACAAACAAAACGCGAUUUGUCACUUUUUGUCAAUAUUUUCUUAAUUAGCACAAACAAAAUCAAUUGUCAAUUGCACAUACGAGCCCCGGGAUAAACAUUGUUGUGAUCACAAGUCAAUCAGUUGCUGUCAUUGCUAAAAAUAAAAUCCAAACCGUUCCAGUCCGCAUCACGUCUGGACAAUAAGAUGUGUAGCAUUCGGCAUAAAUUAUCACGCAGCUUAUGAAAUCCAAAUUGAUACAAGUCCAAGCUCCAAAUUGAUAGCCGCGGAAUUCAUUGCAACGGUCGAUCUAAUCAGUAUCGGAUUCCGCGCCGUCCGUAAAGAUGUAUCAUCGUCAAGGGUCAAUAAGUCGGGAUCGCUCAUUUGAAAAUUUAUUUAACAAGUUAUGGCGUUCGCGGUCGGAAAACCAUGAGGGUUUGAAAACCGCGAUGUAUAAUUUCUUGAUUGUGGCCGGGGUGGCGGCGUUCGCUGUGGUUUGUGUGAUUCUGGGACCGUUUGUGCGACCGUUGCUCUGGGCAUUCCUGGUCGGUGCCGUGUUAUUUCCGUUUAAGAGAAAGCUUGCGUCAUCGCUGAAUGGGUGGUUCACGGGCUUGGAAGAGACCGACACUAACGUGUUCUAUGCGAUAUGCAUGGCCCCACUGGAAGUCACCGAGAAAUCAGGACGAUGUCUAGGCGAUUGGCUGAGAACUCACUGGCAGGUGUUAGUCGGGGGAGUGGCUGCCCUGACUACGGCGAAGCUGCUGUGGUUGUACGCACCGAAAGGGUUGUUUUGCUGGGCGUGGAAGAUGGUAGUUUUUGGACACUCGCUAUUUGCUGGCAUAAUGAACAUGAUUAGUAUUUAUAUGCUCAUUACAAUCAUAGCGAUAUACCUCACCACUGUAUAUUUUCUAUGGCGUGCGGAAAACUCCCAAUACUUCUUACUCGCCGGCCAGUCAAUUUGGAUUUUCCUCGUAGGAUAUGCGUGCAGCUUCUUGGGCGCUUUACAAGUCCCAGCCUUCAUGGCCGUAAUAGCAUACGCUGGCGUUGCGAUAUUUCUUUACUUACGACAACCUCGCCGUGAUAGUCAUGAUAUAAUCCAGCGAUUUUCCAAACUGUUAGAUAGUCAGUCUUACGCGAGUUAUGUGUCAGCAGUUUACCAGCGUAACAAUGAAAACAUUACGAAUAUUGACGGCAAUUCGAGUACAGAAGAUCCUUUCGAGGAGAGCCACGAUCAUGAUGCAACGGGUGGGGUUGAAAUCACAGAGGAGGCUGAAAAUCCCGAAAACAUGAGCAACAUUUACUUCAAAAUGCUUUUUUAUGCCUGUAUAGCGACUUUCUUAUAUCGCAACGUUUGGAUGUUUAUACUCGCAGCGAUUCCAUUGUGUGUGCAUUUAUUCAAUACACUUGGAAAGUUCACAGGAGCUUGGCAAUUCAUUGAAUCUCGAAUAUCUAACAUUUGGAAUGAGAUUAAAGUCUGGGCAUUCAAUCAUCACACAGCGGUAUUGCCACUUUGUCUACCCGGGUUGUUAGAAUUGAAUUACAAAAUUCAAACGUGGAUCCGCAGCUCAUUGAAAUCAUCCGUAGAUCUAGUCACAUCGACUCUCAUGAUUAUUCUUAUGAUUUUGAUAGUUUUAUUUGCUAGUGUAUUUAUUUGUGUGAACAUCUAUUCGGAGACAAUAGAGGUAGCUUAUCUUGGCAAGGAUUUGAUCAAUAAAACGAUAACAGAUCAUCCGGGGUUAAUUGACGUGUUGCCAGAAAAUAUCCAGUCAUCAAUUGAUGAUGCCUUAGAUAAUGCCCAUCAUUACGGACGGCGGCGGUUAGAGCAAUACAUUGAUGAUUGGCUUAAAGAGGCAGAUCCUGUGCAUGGGAGCAAACUAAAAAUGCAAAUAUUAAACGUUUGGGAUCGUUUCAUCCAAUAUUGGAUUGAUAUUAACAAAUCAGAUACUUUUGGCCCAAGAGUUUCGACGGAUGCGUUAAAAAGCACAUUGGGUGAAAUCGUCGAUAAUCCUGGACAUUUUAAAGAGCUAGUUUUAGUGGCAAAACAGGGCCUCCUUGGUUGGGCAAAAAGCAACGCGAAUACCAUUUUGGAAGUAGCAGAAUCAGUUUGGCAUAUAAUUCGCGCGAAUAUUUCGAUGAUCAUGUCAUUCACUGGAGAGAUCUUUUCGUUGGUGCUGUCGGGCGGACAGGCGUUUGUGGAGUUCUUCCUAGAUAUGAUUGUCUUCUUCACCGCUUUAUUCUACCUACUGAGCAGUAGCAACGAGAAGUACGCCCCUCUUCAGGUUGCAAAUUAUAUGGGAAUCUCAUCCGGAUCGAAAAUUGCUGAUGCUUUGGAGGCUUCGAUUUCCGGUGUCCUCAUUUCUAUGUUCAAAUCAGCCAUGUUCCAAGGGCUUUUCACGUGGUGGAUUCAUACAAUUUGCGGAGCACGAAUUGUAUUUUUGCCAUCCGUUCUAGCAGCAUUCUUGUCAGCGGCACCAUUCUUGGGAAGUUACUGGUGUGCGUUGCCUGCGUUUCUGGAACUUUGGCUAGCUCAAGAUCGUUUCUAUGUUGGGCUAGUAUUGUUCCUGUUACAGUUUUUGGUACCACCUCAUGUUGAGCAGGAAAUUUAUGCUGAAAUGAAAGGUGGUGGUCAUCCUUAUUUGACGGGCUUGGCAAUAGCUGGCGGAAUGUACUGGAUUGGAUGGCAAGGUGCAAUAUUUGGGCCAUUGCUUUUGUGUGUAUUUAUCGGAAUUUUUGAAAUAGCAACGAUGACAAUGCGUUCGGAUGAAUCCAAAAAAAGCUUUCCCGAAGAAGAAUCUAAAUCUAGAAGUGCGAAAUCGUGCUCUCUUAUAUUGGUUCGUAAAAUCGUAUCGACAAUGCUACCGUACAAUGCCCUACCAUGGGAUUUUGUUAUGAAACAACGUAUUCGACAUAGUGAAUUGAUUCGACAGCAUGAAAAUCAAAAUUUUAAUGUAAGAAUGAUCGAAAAUCAUUAAAAAGGAAGAAUGAAAUGUUAGCCCAUGACCUGCGAUCCUGCUCAUGUACAAAUCAGUGGAUCCAAGAUAAGCGUUCGUUUUUCAGUUUCGGGAACAUUCAGAGAAUCUCAUUCGCUUAAUAAUUUACGAGUUAAUCAAUCACAUGCGGUUAAAUGUUCGCUAAAUCUUGAGAUUCAUUAAAUUUUUCAAUGUUUCAUUACUCGGACAAUACCUUUUUGUUUCCGCAACGUUACACAACAAAGUCUAAUGUUUGAAUGGAAAUGAUUUUCUAGAGCUAGCUGAAAAAUGUGAAAUGAAGAAAGAAAAAUACCAAAAAACAGUUGCAUUUAAAAAAGUCAAAUAUAAUAUUAAAAAAGUCCCAAUGAUUAAAGUUUCUGUAUUUAUUGCACACUCUUCCAAUAAAUUUUAACAUAAAUUGAACACUAAUAUGUAAAUUACCGGUAAUUUCGCUGCAUAUUCAAAUCGAACGUAUGCACGCAAUAAAAGAUUUUUUACUUCCAGUGAUUUUAUAACGAAAAAUUCAACACUUGCAUUCAAAACAAACCACAUGUGCUGUAUUUAUUAUAUUUUUUGUUAAAACGAAACUCGAAUAAAUGUAAAACUUUAUUUCGUAAAUUGA